AUGAGUACAGUUGGCGAUUUGUUUGGAGCAGGAAAAAUGUUUUUACCACAGGUUAUCAAAUCUGCAAGAGUAAUGAAAAAGGCAGUGGCUUAUUUGAUUCCAAUUAUGGAAGAAGAAAGGCAAGCCGGACUUGUUGCAAAUCCUGAUGCUGAAGAUACAGGUCCACAAAAUGCAGGAGUUGUAGUGAUAGCUACUGUAAAAGGAGAUGUACAUGAUAUUGGAAAAAAUAUUGUUGCAGUUGUACUUGGUUGUAAUAACUACAAGGUUAUUGAUUUGGGUGUUAUGACACCGUGUGAAAAGAUUAUCGAUACAGCAAUAAAAGAAAAGGCUGAUGUUAUUGGGUUGUCAGGAUUAAUUACUCCAUCGUUGGAUGAAAUGAUUACAGUUCCAUUAUUAAUCGGUGGCGCUACUACGUCAAAGGCUCAUACUGCAGUUAAGAUAUCUCCACAAUAUAGUCAACCUACCAUUCAUGUAUUAGACGCAUCGAAAAGUGUUGUAGUGGUUUGUAUAUAUGAAGAAAUUCUGUGA